AUGCAGCUUAAGCAAGCAGCCUUACGCUCCUACAAGAAGAUGAAUAUCAGGAGUGAGGCAGAAGCGUCGUGUGCCUGGCAGGUUCUCCUCGUGGCGGUGGCGGUCGCGGCCGUGAGCGCUCAGCAGUUCGGAGGGAUCGGCGGGGGCCUCGGCGGCGGCUACCACGGGCAGAGCGGGCGGUCCUACGCCGUCUUCAGCGGCCCAGUCGAGGGCCACGUCCAGCCCAUCCGCGGGACGGUCGCUGACCAACACGGCAAGCACGUGGAAUUCGAGGACUACAUUUGGUCUGAAAUCUGUUAUGGGACAGUUUCGGCUGCUCAACAGAGUGCAGAUAUCCACAUCGAGACCAAGCAACGUACUCUCCACUAA